UGAAGCAACGCAAGUUACUGUGUCCUCAGGGUUCAUCCGAGGAAGGAGCUGCUGAGCAGCAUGAGCUCUCAGGCCUGGCAGGAGCCAUUAAUCAUCUCUUUACUUAUUGAUUACGGUUCGGUCAGGUUGCAUUCAUGAUUUAUUCAAUGCGGCCUUCUAAUGAUUCCCAUCUGUUGAUUCCUCCAUCGCUGCCAUGGCAAGAAUAUUUUUUUUCGACAAAUGAUGAUAAUUUAUAAAUCAAGUUUAUUAAUUUUAUACUGACAAAAUUUAAUGAGUAUAAAAGCUUGACAGCUAUGACAUUUCUCAAUAAAAAAAAUGAGAUCUUUUGCUUAUUUUUUGGAAGAUUCCAUUGUUUUUGAGGAUUUGUUGAAAGUUGGUAGUAUGAUGAGCUGCCUGCUUCCUUGGUGAAAUGCUCCCAAUCUGUGACUUUGCUCUGUUCUUAUUUUUCUUAGUGCAGGGAUUAGGGUUUCAGAGAUUAUUUCUGUUCAGUGUUUGUUUCAGCAGAGUAAGAUAAUCAAAGGUGAACCAUGGAGAAAAUAAAGAUUUCUGGCUCUGUGAAGGAAGAAUGUAACACAAAAGUUCUGGAAUGCAGCUGUGAUUCUAAUUGUUCUCCUCGUGUUCCAGAUAGCUAUUUAUGGAGGAGCUUUUCGGAAGGGCCGGAUGAUUUGUUAAAUGAGACGCCACGGCUGUCUUACUAUAAUCCUAGUUUACAUCUAAAUCUGGAGAGAAGACUUGGAAACCAACCUUCCUUCCAAAACAUGACUUCUAGUUUUAGUUCUGCUAAAUCAACUCUUUCAAAUGAAAGCUCAGCUCCCAUGACUGCUACAGAGCUUGUGAAUGAGAUUACAACACUUGAGCUGGAAAUUGUUCAUUUGGAGCAGCAUCUCCUGUCACUAUAUCGGACGGCUUUUGAUUAUUAUAAGAACGAUGACUUGAAUAUCUCCAGUGACGACUCUAGGCAUACUUCAGGUGGAAUGCUUACACGAAAGCGCACAAAGCAAACGGUAAAUCAUGGAAAAAUUGGGCUUAAAUCAGAUCGUUCUAUUGGAGAAACCAAUUAUAGUUUCAAGAGCACUGAACAGGACAUAGCCAUGAAACCAUGGCUUAAUGAAAUUUAUUGUGCCCACAAUCUUAAAUGCGAUUCAAAUAAUAUUGCCGGUCAUUUUCUAAGUCAUAAUCCACAGAAGGUAUGAUUCCUUGUCCUACAAGAGUACUAAAAGUAAAUAUAUCUUUUGAAAUUGUGCCGAAAUAAAACUAAUUAUGUAGUACGAUAGAUAUCGUAUA